AUGUGGUGGGAGGGAGUGGUUGUCAGUGAAUCGACAGCGCCGAGGCAGGGGUGCGGGCGCAUGUCGCAGAAACAGCGAGCCAUGCCGUCGGAAGAAUCAGGGGAGAGCGCGGGCUGGAUCAAGGAUGAUCUUUGUUGUGGUUUUUGGACGUCGAAAGUUGCAUUCUCCUGGCCUCCACCGAAUGACUUUGGCAUUGCUCAGAUCGUGUUGUUUGUUGCGGCGCGUAUUCUUUUGUAUCUCAAGGGCGUUGCCAAUGGCUCUUUCCAGUUCUACGUGCCUCUUGGUACUUCGCCGCGACUCCGUCGCAAAAAUGGAAGGCACCUGGGUCUCUCUUUCGUUACCAUCCCUUUACAAUAUACAACCAUGUCAAAAAGAAACCCAUAUUCUGCGGCGAUCCACUAA